AUGUCGGUGGUGGCCCGGCUGCCGGCGGGCUGGCUCCUCGAUCAUCUCUCCUUCAUCAACCGCUGUGGCUACGAGAUUGGUGACUCCUUUGCGGGCCCCGGUGGUGUCCCUCUCAGCACUUGUGCCACAUCUCCUGGAGACUCUCGUGCUACUCCUGCCUUUGCUGCCACCUCCUCAUCGAGAGGUGGUCCUCUUCCUGGUCCUGGAGGUGCGACAGAAGCAGAAGAUAGAAGAGCGAAAACGAAAUAUGUGUUUCGAGAGGAGCUCUUUGCCGUUUUCAAGCCCCAUAUCGCUGCGGCUCCUGAGGAGCAGCUGUGGCAGGGAUUCUCUGAUGCGAGCCUCACAGAAACAAGGGCCAACAGCAACAGCGAGGAGCACAGACAAAGAACCGACAGUGGCGUUGGCGAUUCUGUUGCCAGCACUGGGAAGAAACGUAAAAGGAAAUGUGUAUUCAACCAAGGUGAACUGGAUGCUUUAGAAUACCAUUCAAAGGUCAGGAAGCUCAUUUGGGAAGGCACUUUGCAGUUAGUCCAAGAAGGACUCAAGAGUGGUUAUCUUCACGGCGUGACUGCAGAACACAGCUGCUGGAAGAACGUCGUUCCUGGACAUGUGGGCUGUGGGCUGGUGGAAUUAUGUGAAAUGGCAAAGCAGUUUCCAGCUGUGAGUGAAAGUGACCAUCGAGCUGUACAUGUGUUGAGUGACGAAACCUCUGUUCCAGAGCAGGACCUGCUUUCAUGCGUUACAGAAAACCGCUCAAGCUGUACCAAGAUAGUUGUGUUAAUGGGACAGAAGUACUUGGUGCCACCAAAAAGCAGUUUCCUCUUGUCUGAUGUUUCCUGUUUACAGCCCCUGCUAAACUACAAGAAAAAAUAUGAUGUAAUUGUAAUUGAUCCACCAUGGGAGAACAAGUCUGUUAAGAGGAGUAACAGAUACAGCCACUUGUCUUCGUGGCAAAUCAAGCAGAUUCCUGUACCAGCACUAGCUGCUCCAAAUUGCCUUGUAGUCACAUGGGUGACUAAUAGACAGAAGCACUUGCGUUUUGUUAAGGAUGAACUUUAUCCUCAUUGGUCUGUGAAAACACUUGCUGAGUGGCACUGGGUAAAAAUUACAAGAACUGGAGAAUUUGUAUUGCCGUUGGAGUCUUUACACAAAAAGCCCUAUGAAGUUCUGAUAUUGGGGAGAGUUCAAGGAGAUGGAAAGGAUGCCUUAAGGAAAUCUGAAGAUGUACUUCCAGUUCCAGAACAUAAGAUAAUUGUCAGUGUACCAUGCAGUCUGCAUUCACAUAAACCCCCUCUUACUG